UUCACCUAUAUAUAGAUAUGAAUGGAGGGAAACUAUGUUUACAAUUCCCUACGGUGGAUUCAUAUUCACCAUUCUUUUUACUAAUUUGUUUCACUACCCAGUGCAAAUGUCUCGCUUUCUCUUCUUUCUUUCCCUCCUGCUCUCUCUCCUCCUCCUCGCCACCGCACACGGUGGUGGGCACGAUGACGAUGAUGCUGAUGCUGGUGGUAGUGAUGUUCAUGUCAAUCUGCGGGAGAAGUCAUUAAUCUUGGUGAAAAUAUGGUGCUUGAUUUUGGUGUUUGUAGGGACUUUCUUUGGUGGGGUUUCACCCUACUUCAUGAAGUGGAACGAGGGGUUCUUGGUGCUGGGAACUCAGUUCGCUGGAGGGGUGUUCUUGGGGACUGCUUUGAUGCAUUUUUUGAGCGAUGCAAAUGAGACCUUCGAGGACUUGACUAAGAAAGCGUACCCUUUUGCUUUCAUGUUGGCUAGUGCUGGUUAUUUGAUGACUAUGCUUGCUGAUUCUGCUAUUUCCUAUGUGUAUGGCAAGAAAAGCAGUGAGGCUAAUGGAGAUAUGGAGCUUCAAGAUAGCGUUGAGCAUGGAAAAACAAGCCACCAUGGAACUUCACAGCCACAUUUUCAGAUGCACAAUGGUACUGAUGCUGCCUCUGCAAAAUCUUCGUUUGCAACUGUCAGCUCAUUUGGGGACAGCAUUUUGCUUAUAGUUGCCUUGUGUUUCCACUCUGUCUUCGAGGGCAUUGCGAUCGGAGUUGCAGAGACGAAAGCUGAUGCUUGGAAAGCUUUAUGGACCAUCUGUCUGCACAAAAUAUUUGCAGCCAUAGCAAUGGGAAUAGCUCUUCUUCGGAUGAUCCCUGAUCGCCCCUUUUUUUCGUGUGUUGCUUAUGCUUUUGCAUUUGCCAUUUCAAGUCCAGUUGGUGUGGCUAUUGGGAUUGUUAUAGAUGCCACAACUCAAGGUCCAGUGGCAGACUGGAUCUUUGCCAUAUCAAUGGGACUAGCUUGUGGAAUAUUUAUCUAUGUAGCAAUAAAUCAUCUUCUAGCCAAGGGCUACAGGCCCCAGAAGGAGUCUUCAGUCGACACACCCCACCACAAGUUCUUGGCAGUGUUGUUGGGCGUUGGGAUAAUUGCUGUUGUGAUGAUAUGGGAUACCUGAUCAUGGAAAUUGGUUGUUUGGUUUCUGUGUCGGAGGCUUAGCUUCAUAGAAUUGCUACAAGUAGGUCAUAGAAUUGGUUUCAAGUUUUAUUCAAGAUACGCUUUAUCAGUAGCCUGGUAAGAGAUUGUGGCUUGCUGAUCAUGUUGCACAGCUCAGCUCUAUGUAAAAAUGCAAUAGGUUACCGAUCCUACCCCAAUAAUUGCAAGAUUGCGUAUAAAAACUCUGUAAUUACACUAGAUGAUUCAUUCUUCAACAGAAAAUAGCUACAUAAAAAUGCAGUUUCAAGCCC